GUGUGUGUGUGUGUGUGUGUGUGUGUGUGAGUGUGAGAGAGAGAGAGAGAGAGAGAGACAGUGUGUGUCAGGUGACUUGGGUCACGCAGUCUCUCUCUCCCUCCUCGGGGAGGAACUGCCGCGCUCCGGCGGAGUCCUCCGCUGGCAGGAGGGAGGGGCGGCGAGGGGGCCCGGGCACGCUGGGAACCGCGAAACCCAGACCCGGACAGGACGCCGCCCGCCCCGGGGACUCGCUGCUCCCGCCGGCUCCUGCCAGCUCCCGCCGCACUCGAGACAAAACCCCAAUUCAGAUAGGUUGUUGAGCGGCAAGCGAGGAGGCUUAGCCCCUAACCCGGAACUUGCCGCCCCCGGGACGGCUGGCGGGUGGGCGCAAUGAGCCAGGUGCUGGGGAAGCCGCAGCUGGAAGACGAGGACGACGACGAGGAGGAUGAGCUGGUGGGGCUAGCGGACUACGGGGACGGGCCCGACUCCUCGGAUGCGGACCCGGACAGCGGGGCGGAGGAGGGAGUUCUGGACUUCAGCGAUCCCUUCAGCACCGAGGUGAAGCCGAGGAUCCUGCUCAUGGGCCUGAGGAGAAGUGGCAAGUCUUCCAUUCAGAAGGUGGUCUUUCACAAGAUGUCCCCCAGCGAGACGCUGUUCCUGGAGAGCACCAACAAGAUCUGCCGGGAAGACGUCUCCAACAGCUCCUUCGUGAACUUCCAGAUUUGGGACUUCCCGGGACAGAUCGACUUUUUCGACCCUACGUUCGACUACGAGAUGAUCUUCCGGGGAACAGGAGCGCUGAUAUUCGUCAUCGACUCCCAGGACGAUUACAUGGAGGCCCUGGCCCGGCUGCACCUCACCGUGACCAGGGCCUACAAAGUGAACACUGACAUCAACUUCGAGGUGUUUAUUCAUAAAGUGGAUGGUCUGUCCGACGACCACAAAAUUGAAACCCAAAGAGAUAUUCAUCAGAGGGCAAACGAUGACCUUGCAGAUGCUGGAUUAGAAAAAAUUCACCUCAGCUUUUAUCUGACAAGCAUAUAUGAUCAUUCAAUAUUUGAAGCUUUUAGCAAAGUGGUUCAGAAACUAAUUCCACAACUCCCCACUCUGGAGAAUUUGCUAAACAUCUUUAUCUCGAAUUCAGGAAUUGAAAAGGCAUUUCUAUUUGAUGUGGUCAGUAAAAUUUAUAUUGCAACUGAUAGCACCCCAGUAGAUAUGCAGACCUAUGAACUCUGCUGUGAUAUGAUCGAUGUGGUUAUUGACAUCUCUUGUAUUUAUGGUCUCAAAGAAGAUGGAGCAGGAACGCCCUAUGACAAGGAAUCAACAGCCAUCAUAAAGCUGAAUAAUACCACUGUUCUUUAUUUAAAAGAGGUGACGAAGUUCCUGGCUCUUGUUUGCUUUGUCAGAGAGGAAAGCUUUGAAAGAAAAGGGCUUAUUGACUAUAAUUUUCACUGCUUCCGGAAGGCCAUCCAUGAAGUUUUUGAGGUGAGAAUGAAAGUGGUGAAAUCACGAAAGAUUCAGAAUCGGCUGCAGAAGAAAAAAGGAGCCACACCCAAUGGGACGCCUAGGGUGCUGCUGUAGGUGAGGUUUCAGCAGCAUCUUUUGAAAUCAGACCUUCUUUCAGUGAGGCUGCUGCACUGUGUUGCACUAAAGGAAGAGGAAGAUGGAGAUUGGGACAAAUAACACAAAUUUGUUGUAAAGACAGAAAAAUUCCUAGCACCCUCUUGAUCUUUUCUUUUUUAAAUAAAGCAAGCACUUUGAAGCAAAAACUUGUACAUUAACAAUGAAGUGAAACCCACUGUAAUUUCGUUACAUAGAUGUAAACUUUUUUGGUCUGUAGUCAGAAAAACCCUGUGUGAGAACUGCCAGAAACUGUAUAUAUUUUGCACUUUUUCAUGUUUUUUUUCCUCAUUGAACUAAACUUUGAUAAAACAACUUUUCUAAGAUUUUUUCUGUACUCGGUGUCAAGGAUAUGCAUACUGUAGUUUCCGGCUAUAUGGCAAUCAGAAAUUUAAAAGUGAUGCAUUAACAAUGACUUUUUAUACACUUGGGAAUCUUUGCUACCAGUUGUUGAGAAAAAUAAUUUUUCAGUGGAGAGGGAACAGAUUGGGGCAGUGAGCUCCCGGAGCAGUAAGAGCUGCCCCCUGUUUAUAACUAGUACCGACGGGAGUUUUGUUGAAUCGUAUUAGCACCAAAUUUAUCUAAAUGUUUCUAUAGCUGCGGCAGUGCUUCCCUACCCAGCAGUUUUUACAGAGUUCUUUACCUCAACACACAUCUCUAGAAUCGUUUUAUACAGAGUGGUUGUUUCUUCUUGCUGUGUGGCUAUUCUUCAGGACCUUUGGGACCAGAUUUCCAAAAUGGUGCCAAUCACUUGAGCCAAAUGAGAAUGUCAUUGAAUUGUAAGGUUUCUGGAGACUAUUUUGUACCUGCCACCCAGGCUGAAGUAACAUCAGAGGGCACGUGGUUUCCCAAAUGUGGGUGAUUGGCAACUGCGGAUGUAAAAAUAUAUAUACAGUUCUGUAUGUUUGGCCUCUGUGAAAUGGGCCUGUUACUGUGCAACAUCUGAAAUGUUUCUUUUGGACUAGCUAUUUAGUAUUGCUCCAUGAUCACAGAGAAUGUCUCAGAUCUCUACCAUGGAGCUGAAUCCUUUUGGGCACAUUUGUCACCUCUGCAUGUCCUUCUCAUCUGUGACAGUGUGCCUUGUAGACUCUGCCUGUUCCCACCCUAUGAUUGAACUAGAGCUCAGCCUGCCAGCAGCAUGCUCUUCACAGCUGAAAAGCCAUUCUGAAAACCCCUAAAGCUCAGUGGGGGGAGAUGGCCAGAGGAGGCAUGAUAGUUAGCUGUGUAUUUGUUUCUCUGAAAUUCUGUCACUUAUGUUUACUUUAGACUAAUAGCAAGUUAAGAGCCUCCUUAAUCUACCACUGUCCCAAACCAUUUCAAGUAGAUAAUUCUAGGUCUAUCCCAAGGGUCAAUUCCUAAGGCAUGCUUGUGGGUGUUAGAAAAUAAUGUAUUUUUUCUUUUAGCAGAGCCUCAUAGGGAUAAAAAAGCUGCUCCUAGCAAAAAUGUGUCAGGCUCCUAAAGCAGCUUGCCCUUAAAAUCAUCCCACUUCUAUCUGUGACUUCUUUCUAAUCUUUCUCCUUUCUCUCAAGUCAUAUUCCUUUGAGGCUGGUAACUGCAGUUUAAAAUGGUAGCUGAUUGGGGUUUAAGGUUUGAGCCCUCCCAAAGCAUUGUGCAUUUUGGAAGAAAAUUUCUAAAAAUCCCAAAAGAGCCUUGCCUACCUUCCUCAUAAUUUCUGCUCAGAAACCCAGAUGAAGUCUUUUCCCUAAUUGCCAACAGGCCUGGUACAGGGGGCGGGUAUUACAAAUCUAAUUCUCUAAUAGUUUUUACACAAGGUUUCUUUUUGAGUAAACAAAGAAUUGCUUUUCUAAUGUGACUUUAUCCUCAACGUAGAGACACUUGCCUAUCUGAUAAAUCACACAUCAUUUAAGUAUAUGCACAUACUAUUGUAACCAGUUGGAGCUUCCAUUUUUGAGUUGGGUAUAUGAUGGGUUUUUGUUAAAAUGUGCCUUAAGAGCCUAUUACUUCAAGAGCAAAUGAUUCUUUGGGGGAAAGGCAAAGUUAAUGCUAUGGUAUAAGGACCCAAGUUCAUGGUACUAAAUGCACUCUGUUUAAUCACACACUGAGGUACAGAUUACUGCCUCAAACCUGUAUGCAUGGCAAUGACUUCUUACUUAAAGAGAGGUGUAGGAGUUCUGUCUACAUGUUGUUUUUAAAGUCUGUGCCACUGAAAUUACAAAAUCAAUUCCUUAUGCAUUUUAUGUUUGAUAAGGGAUUUAGCUCAUGUGACAUGUAUGACCACAUUUAGGUCUCAGAUCCAAUGCUACAAAUACAAAACCCAAAUACAUGGCUACAGUGAUGACUCUGGAACAUUUUCACUCAUUUUCAAAGGUUGAGAACAUGACCUACAGGUGUCUCAGGCAAUUAGAACUUCUAUGUAGAGGUGCAAACUUGUGAAUUAUCUAUCAGUUUUGGUUAUUUUCAGUUAUGUAGAUUAGUUUGUAUGACCAGAGUAGAGUGCUUUUGAAGGACUAUAAAUCAAAAACUAUUGACGUUCAAGAACAGUGUUAUUUUGUGAACAUGAUAUAUUUUGGAUCCUUAAAUAUAGAAUGACUAAAAACACAGCAAUAUUAUUAUGUAUGGGUUAUGUGCUUACUCCAUUUGAAACAUACUCCAGAAAAGCAGUCAACUGUCUCGACUAUUAAGGUGAGGUAUGCAUUCACCUUAUGUGGGCUGGGUAUAAUGUGUAAUUGGGUAUAGUGUGAAAUUUUGCUUUAAGCAGCAUGUCAUUUAUAACCAGUGUUAAACCAUUGGUUUCUCGAAUGUUGACUGCCAAUUUAAAAGCUUGUGGCAUAUGCUCAUGAUUUGGUAAGUGCUCCUUUUUGUUGUAAGCAUAUUCCUAACUAAUCUUUCCGGGAGCAGAAUGGUCUCUUGGGUGGAAAAGAAGUAUGGUCUUCCAUGUUUGUGAACUUGUUUACCACACACAUGAAUUACUGCUUUACUGGCCCUGUUUGGUCCCUUUAGUAAAACAUGUUUGUCCUGAUUAAUGGGCUUUCAUUUUGUGGAAAUGAGGAUAAAUCACUCCAUUUAAGUUGGAUUUGCACUUUUAUUUUUACUUUUUAGAACCCUCUUGUCUCUCCAUAUUUUUGAUGGUGACAUGCCUAUUUGGACUAUAGAACUGUUAUUUCAGUAAACUUCAGAUAUUAAUUCUGCUCUCCUGACCCUAAUCCCUAGCCAUUUGGAAAUUCACUUCCUAACAGGGCACCUUAUCGCUCCAUCCUUACUGAGUAAGAUUCCACCCUGAUGACUUUUACAGAUCCCCUAAGAGUUUUCAGAGAGGGCUGGCAUUGGGUGUUACACCUUGUAUAUGAAAUCCUGUUUCUGAUGGAAAGCCUGAUCUGAAAUAAUUAUUUCCAAGAUCUUUAAUCAGUGGUGAUGUUUGAUUUAGUAGGAAGAAAGCAUGGUCUUUAACAGAUUUAAGUAAUAAUAGAUAUUGAAUACACACAGGACACCACAUGCUGCUCUUCUGUGCAUUUACACGACUUACUCUCACAAACCCAAGAGGCAGGUACUAUUAUCACUCCUGUUUUACAGAGGAGGCACCUGAGUUCAAAGAGUUUGAAUAAUUUGAUCAAGAUCAUAUUACAAGUAACACACAAGGUCUAGAGUCUGAUGAGUCACUCUCUCAACUGCUGCUCUAAGCAGCCUCCUUGAAUGUCCCCUUAAAUGCCCUCCUUUCUCAGACCUGAAAGGGGGGACUUGAAGCUUAGGAUUUACUGCUGCAUGUGUUUAGGAAGGCUGAGAUGCUGAGAUAUUUAAAAAUGCCUUUCCUUCCACGAGAAUCAAUAGCAGCAGUCUUGUAAAUGUGCUUCACUCAGAGAAGGAAGUCAACAAAUGCUAUGUUUUUUCUUCCUAAACCAGUCAGUGACUCUAGUGCCAAAAAUAAUAUUAACAGAGGGUUUAAAUAUCAGAAGAAAAUUUAAGUACAUUUUAUAGCCAUUUGGUUUUCUAAGAAGCUUUAGUAUAUCAAACCCUGAGGAAAUGAGAAAAUAAGCUAUUGAUCUAAACUGUAUUAACCCUACUUUGAGUUUUUAAUAUAUGUAACAAUAAUUUAUAGAAAAUAAAAUCCUGAUCUGGAUUAAAAUCAAAAGAUACAUUUCAAUCCUAAUCCUUCAGACCUAUAUUUAAAAUUGCCACUAGUGUACUUCAGGGGGGUUUUCUACAAGAGGAGCCUCGACUCUAAUGUGUCCAAAAGUUGAACUGGCUUCUUUCUUGUUGUAUCAUCUCCUGUGAUGGCGUGACUGUCCUCCUUGCAUCCUGCCUAGAAACUUGGUUCUCAUGCUUGACUUCCCUCCUGCUCACCUCCUCCCAUCAAUCACCCACUUCUUUCAGUUCAGCCUUACGGACCACUGCCAUUGAUCCUCUUCUCUCCAUCUCUUCUGCAACUGUCCUGGUUUACACCACCAUCUCCUCUUAUUUGGAUCUCAAUAGCCGCUUAACAGUAUCUCUCUGCCUUAUGCAUCCACCUAUUCCAUCAUUCUCUAUUCAAGGUUCAGAAUGACCUUUCAUAACUACCACAGUUCUGACUAUAUCACUUAUUCAACACCCUUCCUACCUCCCCAUUAUAGAUAUCAGUCAAACUCCUUAAUCAAGUUUGCAGGACACUCUGCUUGGUCCUUACCUCCCUCUCCAGCCUUGGUUCAUCCUCCUCUUAACAGAGCUGGACCAAUCCGUCCAUACCGGGUGGUAAGUUAGAGGAACCGUGAAUUUUGGUUCCUUUGUCAGUCAUUUUCUGGGGGAAAUAAUUUUCUUUCUUAGGGGAUGAUUCUUUUUUUUUUUUAAGGUUUUAUUUGUUUUCAGAGAAGGGAAGGGAGGGAGAAGAGAAGGAAAGAAACAUCAAUGUGUGGUUGCCUCUCGUGCACCCCCUACUGGGGAUCUGGCCCGCAACCCAGGCAUGUGCCCUGACUGGGAAUCGAACCAGUGACCCUUCGGUUCACAGGCUGGUGCUCAACCCACUGAGCCACACCAGCCAGGGCUUGACAGUUAUUGGUAGAACACCUAUUGUAAGACAUUGUGCUUAGUAAAAUAGCUAAAAGACAGAUACUUGAGAUGGAAGGGAAGGAUUUUAAUAUCUAAAAAUAACAGGAAAUAAAUUAGUCUAAUUUUAUAUGGACCCUUAUAGGUGUCACAAGAGUUCUAUAGGACUGUGCUACUCUCCAGCGAAGACCAUGGAGAGCUGUAACGAGCAUCUGAGAAGCUGAAUUGUUCAACCAGUAGCAGAUCAGUAGCUAUAUUAGUAUCAUUAAUUUGCAGUAAGAUUAAGUUCACUAUAAGAAGUAGGUUAAGAAAGUGGAAAUGUUUAUUGUGUGCCUUCCCUUAUAAUUAAGAAAAAGGUAAAUUAUCUUAGAAGUAUAAGUUUUAAAAAUAUAUAGAUAGAUAGCACGUGGUGCCAAUUUUAUUUGCAGGUAUUCCAGUACCCCGACUCAAGUUCACAAGUUGCAGCUUUGCCACAGCCUUGGCUAGGAAGUGUGAGUUUUAAAUGUUAGUUAUUUUCAUGUUCGUACUUUGUUAACAUCACUUCCAGAAUUAGAUUUAAUAAAAAGUUUAUGCUACUUGUUACUCCUCUUUUCAGUCUGUUUGUCCCAGGGAACUGAGUGCUGCUUAAGGUAGAUGUUGACAUUCUCUGAGAACGUUGACAUGAAGAGCCACAGAAGUUGUGAGAAGAAUCAGAUUUCAUUACCUUUUACAGCCACUUGGUUUUCUAAUGCAGAGCUUCUUUCUAGGCCAUUUAGAAUUUUGAAAGGUUGGAUGAUAUUUUAAAAUGGUCCAAACUUGGCCUAGCAGGGCCUCAGGAAUAUCUACUUUUAUCAUAAAUUCAAGUGAAGUUCAGGCAGUGACCUUAUCUCAGUUGUACCACUGGUAUCUUUGCUGUUUUUUUUUAAAUCCUCACCUGAGGAUAUGUUUGAUGAUUUUAGAGUCAGAGAGAAAAACAUCAACCAGUUGUUUACUGUAUGCACCCCGACCAGGGAUUGAGCCCUCAAUCUAGGUGUGCGCCAUGACCAGGAAUCGAACCAGCAACCUUUUGGUGCAUAGGAGAAUGCUCCAACCAACUGAGCCACCCAGCCAGGGCUAUGGUUUGGUUUUGUUUUAGUAAUAGCUAUAAUAAAGUAAAAAUACAGGCUUUAAUGGUCCCUAUUAUAAUUUUAAAGGUACUUCAAAUUGUGUCAUGUUAUUCCAAGGAACAAUUCUAUUCCAUAAAAAGUAGAUUUAAAUUAUAUAAAAAAUUGUUUAAAAUAAGUAAAUAAAUAGAAACAAAAUACAAAAUAAGACCUUUAACACUAGUCCAGUAAAUACGCAUCAGUGGUCUUUCUUUGUAGAAUAUUAUAUUUUUAAUUUCAGCAAAUGACUUAGCAAUAAAGCUGAGAUACAUACAAUUCACAUUGCAAACCAUCACACCCUAAAAUAAUUGCAAAGUUUUAAAAGUCUCUUGAAGUAGUAUUUUCUUUUCUACAUACAAUGCAUUCUAGUAUUUGUCUCUUUCAUCUUUUAAAAAAAGAUCUCACAAUUCACGAAUGGGUCGCACGACCUGCAGUGUGUAAAGCACUGCUAGAGUGAACCCACUGGCCAGAUCAGAGAUACCUGAGGAUUCUCUUUCUGGACUAAAGUAUUUUCCUUCUCUGUUAAUUUUGAGAUCUUAAGAAAUGUAGGGGAAAUUCUGAUUGAGUUCUUGAAUUUUUCUCUCACUGGGUCAGGGUUUUCUGCUGUGUUUACCAGAGCAGUUUUACUGUUCAUUGCCAUUCCUUGGGUGUUUUUGUGUGCUGGAUUGUAUUAAAAGUGGAGGAGGUGGGCGGGUCCAGGGGGCUUCAGUCCUGGGAGGAUCAUCUAUUAAUAUAGUCUAUUCUUGACUAUAAUAAAGAAUUAACUUGAGUUUAGGAACUCAUGAGGCCCUAUCUAACUUCUAUGGGGUCCUUUGUUAAUUCGGAUGGCACUGGUCUGAUCCAAUAUCCAGAAUCUCCGAGUAUGUCUUUGUGUGCUAUUCUGACUUCCCAGGAAUCAGCUGGACAAGCCCCUUCCCCAUGAAAGGGAGCUAAUCUAGCCUCCAGACUCAGGGUGGAAGAGUGAGGUGGAGGGCGGCAUUAAUUAGCAUCCAGCUGCCUCAAGCCUGACCACUCUGCUUCUUCAAUCUGUACUAAUGAGCUGCUGAGGGAAAGGGGAUUUUUCUGGUCUUCCAAAACCAGUUAAAAAACUAAGGCUCUUCCUUGAAUGGCUUCUUCCAUGUUAACCCUCACCAUCACUGGAGGAUCCCAUUCCUACAAGCUGUUUCUGUUUGCUUUCACCUUUCAUUAUUGCCUGAGCCCCUCGGCAGCUGCCUAUUCUGCCUGCCUCCACUUUGGGGAGAGCUCACCCCUGUCGGGGUCUGCCUUCAUCAGCCAGAUAGUCAAUAACCAGGACUCUCAGGACUCUGCGCUCUCAGACCUGUAUAAAGUGGUUUUGGUAGUCAGGCUUUUCACUUCCCCUCCAUGCAAAGCAGUCAUUAAAGGGGCUGACUGGAAAAGACCAGUCCAGUAUGUCUUUCUAUCUUGAUGGGAGAGGAAGGAACUCAGGUUUAUAAUGUGCAAAAAAAUGGUAUCUCCAAUUCAUGUCAUGAUGUUUCAUUUAAUGCCAUAGGCCAGGGUUUCACAAACUUACCUCAUCUUAAGAAUCAUCUAAUGCCCUGGCCGGUGUGGCUCAGUUGGUUGGAGCAUUGUCCCCUAGAGUCUACAGAAGGGUCACAGGAUUGAUUCCUGGCCGGGGCAAGGGCCCAGGUUGUGGGUUUGAUCCCUGGUUGGGGCGUGUAUGGGAGGCAACCAAUCAGUGUUUCUCUUUCACAAUGAUGCUCUCUGUCUCUCUCUCUCCCCAUCCCCGCCCCUUCCUCUCUAAAAGCAAUGAGAAAAAUAUUUUCAGGUGAGGAUUGAAAAAAAUUAUCUAAGGUGCUUAAAAAUGCAAAUUCCUUUACUCCAUUCCUGAAUCAGAAUCUCUGGACAGAGGUUUGGGGAUCUGUAUUUAAAUAAGCACUUUAGGCAAUUCUUAUAACUUGGAAGACGCGGUUUGGAUUGUUGUUCCAAGGGACGGUGAAGUCUGGAAGUGGAGGGCGAGGACGAGUCACCUGAGGGACUCACUCCACUCCUUCCUUCACUCAGGGUGAAGCUCUCAUCCUCCCUCCACUCCUCUGUGAACACACACACACACUCUUACCUGCACGUAUUAGUAUUGCUUUCCAACUUGAUUGCGUAGCUUUUAAAAUCUGCAUUAAUCUAUAAUUUUAUGGAUAUAAAUCAAGUAAUUAAAAAGUAUUUCAACUAUUUAUAUAUUUCAAUACUUAUUUACAUUUAAUAUCACAAAUUACAAAAAAUGGUAUUAAUUUAGAAAAGUUGCUUUUGCCUCAAAUCAUUCGAAUUCAUCACAGGCAUCUUCUACAGCAGGUUCUUUAUCAUCACUGGAACAAUGUUUUGAGUCAUCUAACAGUUCCUUUCUAGUUGAGAUAGAAUGUGUUUUAAAUUGAGUAGAUACUGUUGGUGGAAAUUAUACCGAGUCUUAAGAACCACUGAUUAAACAUAAGAACAGAUCCACCACCCCUGCAUAUUCAUAAUCUCCACGAAGAAGUACUUCGUGUAUUCCUCUUUU